CAAUAGUUUUGUUAUCUAUUAUAAAAGUAGUUUUCAAUUUGGUGACUACAGCUACUUUACUACAAUUCAAAAGGAAUCGUCAGGAAAAACUAUGUACACUUCAAAACUUUUAAGACUCUGUCAAAAUGACAAAAAGUUUAUAAGUUUUGUAGACAUACCAAUUAACUGCAUGUAUAAAGGGAAUACUUACAACAUGCUUCAAACAGCAGUUCUUGCUGAUAAAGAAUCAGAAAAAGUUUUUGUUGGUGCUUUUACUCGUGGUAAUAACCCAGAAAUGCCAGAAGGUGAAAGUGUGAUAUGUGUAGUAAAACUAAGUGUUUUAGAUGAAAAGCUGAGAGAAUCUUAUGAGAAAUUUGCAAUUCUUAAUCGUACUAAUGCAGACAAUUUCACAAGAUACUUACCAGACCGAAGAACAGGGCAAGUUAAUGCAACCGGAUAUUCUUCUUGUAAUGCCUUACUGGACGUUGUUUAUUAUGCAAUUGGAAGGGACAAUUAUAAUCUUCAGGCAGCUUAUGAAAUUGAUGAAGACAAUGGUCAUGUUACCUCGUUACAUCCAGCGAUUCUAGAUGGUUAUGAUGUUGUAUUAGCUGGAACUUCAAAGGGUAGUCUGUAUCAGUUUAAUUUGAUGCGUAAUUUGGUGAUGACAAUGUUUGAUAAACAUAUAGUGGAUGAUGGGUCAGAAAUCAAGGGAAUUCAAGAAGAUGGAAACUUAACUUUGUAUGUGAUGAGUACCUCAAAGAUUAUCAAAUAUAGCCGCACCAAUUGCUCUGAGUUUAAAACUUGUCAGGAAACCAUGGAGAAGAAGAAUCCACAUUGUGGGUGGUGUGUUUAUCAAAACAGAUCUCAAACAGAAAAAUCGUGUCCUCCUGAAGAGUGGAUACAUUCAUAUGAAGAUUGCAUUGAAUUAGAGACAGACAUCAGUGGCAUUGCAGUUGGCACUACAGGCAAAAAUGUAACAGUUACAGCAAAACAUUUUGUCUUGAGGGCAGACAAAUACAUGUAUAAAUGUAGGUUUUCUGAAGGUCAAACUCCUUUGGGAAAUCCAAUGGAAAUAACGAUAACUGGCAACACAUUUAUAUGUGCCAUACCAGAGGUUAAAGAGCACACAGAUGCUACCAUUGAGUUAAUGGUUAAUGAUUUUGUACUAGCAUCAACUCCAUUCCUUUUCUACAAGUGUGAGAAUUUUAAAAGUUGUGGUAAAUGUGUCAAUACAGCCAAUUCUAAUUGCACAUGGGACUUAGGAAAUACAAAUUGCCAAGCUCCAACAGCAGAUGGAAGCAAUAUUGUUAAUGAAGUAGAUAAAUGUCCUAGUUUAAAUGAAAACAAAAAAAAAUAUUUAGCAUCAUCAAAAGAAAUUGAAGUUGUACUGGAGGCAUCAAAUAUUCCGUCGUCUCUGAAAUUUUGGUGUUAUGUUCCAAAAAAUAAUAGUAUUCAGAAGGAAGAUUUCAAACCUGCAACUGUUGAUACAAACUUGAGUACUUUGACAUGUAAAAUGAAUAUAACUUUAAUAGAAGCUUCAAAAGGAUUAGAUGUACCAAUCUUUAUCAAAUAUGGAAAUACUGAACAGUUUUCAACAGAUCUUACAGAAUUUGAAGAUGUUUAUGAUAACAAAGUUACAGUUUAUAGCUGUGAGAAACUUGGCAAGGAUUGCAGUCAUUGCAAAGCUCUCAAAGAUCACUACAAGUGUAAAUGGUCCAAUGCGAAUUGUGACUUUGGGUUCGGAAGUGGUGAGACAUGUCCAGCACCUAAAAUUGAGAAGAUUAAGCCUAGAGAUGGUCCCAAAGCAGGUGGCACAGCAUUGAUAAUUGAAGGUUUUGAAUUAGGAACAAAGUUAAGUGAUAUAUCUGGCAUUAAAAUAGCUGGAGUUACAUGUGGAGAAAUAAAUAUUACUGUUGAUGAUGAAACCAGGCAAUACUUUAAAAAUGAGGUUCCCAGCAGCAUUGUUUGCAUUACUGGUAAUAGUGGUGGAGACAAAAAUGGAAGUGUCAUUGUCACUGUGAAUGGUCAAAGUUCAACGGAAACAGUUUCAUUCAGCUAUAAAACUCCAAAGUUGACAGGUAUGAGUCCUUUAUCUGGACCCAUUGCUGGUGGAACAAAAGUAACAUUUUAUGGAAGAAAUCUUGGAAUUGGAAAUAGACAUAUAGAUGUUGUAGCUUUAGAGUCAGUUAAUUGUAUGAAUAUAAAGGUGCUGCCAAAUGUAGGCUUUGAUGUGAUUAUCAAGUAAGUUUUUGAACAUCUUUUCAUGUUUUACAGUUACUUAAAAGGUUUGUUUUAUAGUAAGAAAGGUAAGGUCCUCUGUUCCUGAGUAGUUUAUACAGUAAAAACUCGCUAAUGAGACCAAUAAAGGGACUUUACAAAUCUGGUCUUAAAAGCGGGUUGGUCUCAUUAAUGAGUUUGGUCAAACAGAAAACUAGGCAAUUUAUUUAGGGAUACCAUGUACUGUACACAUGUUUAAUUCUGGGCUAACCUAUUUCAAAUGAGAAGAUAUAAAGCAUACACUAUUAUUUUUUUAUUUUCAUUUAUUUUCUUUUACUUUUAAACAUUAUAAAAUAUUUAAACUUAUUUAGAGGUAAAAAAUGUAUUAUGAAUGUCUUUA